GACCCAGGGCCAGCCGGGGCCUUCGUGUGCGCAGGCCCGGGGCCGGCGACGGCCGCUCCUUCCGUUCGGCCGCCAGCCCGAUGGAAGAGCCUCCCGGGAAGCCCCUCAGCUGUGAGGAGAAGGAAAAGUUGAAGGAAAAAUUAGCAUUCUUGAAAAGGGAAUACAGCAAGACACUGGCCCGCCUUCAGCGUGCCCAAAGAGCUGAGAAGGUUAAUUCUAUUAAAAAAACAGUGGAAGAACAUGAUUGCUUGCUCCAGCAGGAAAUUUCACCACAGCUAAACCACUCAGAACCUAAAAAUAAAGUAUCUCCUUGUGACACAUUACAAAUCAGCACCCAUCUGGAUGAAGAAACUGGAGAAAAGACACCCAUCACACUUGACUUUGAGCCUGAGUCCUUCAACCCUGGACAUGGCCCUGUGGAGGAAUUACAUAUACAAAGAACAGGUGAUAGCCAAGAACAUUUUCCCUACCAGGCCAGUGGCUCUGAGAAAAGGCAGAGUGAGCUGCCAGGGAGAAGAAAAAAGCAGCAGAAGAGAACAUACACUGCACAGGCAAGAGAAUCUUUCUUGGAUGCGGAUUCACUGAUACUUUCUGGAAAAAGACUAAAGGAACAGGAGGAAAUCAAUAGAGAAAAUCCUAGAACACCUGUAAAUGAAAGAACUUGUCUUUCAAGUUCUACAUCUGACAUCCCUGGUUCUCCAGCACCAGCGACAGAAACUAAUGCAAGAGGUGUAUUAAUUCCACCAACUGCCAAACCACAAAGAGGUGUCGAUGCACUUGUAAGAGGGAAUAAUUUCCCCGGGAUGCCUACGCUUGCUUCAUUUACUCUGUCAAAUAGCAGUAGCGGUCCGCACCUUGAACAUAAGCCUCCUAAAGGUGACUGUGAACUCACUACUCACAAUCUGAAAAACAUUAACCCUGCUUCACCUGUAGACCUAGAGGCACAAGGCAAAAAAAUGACGGUCUGUACAGAUAACCCAGAGGUAAACAAAGCUGUAAGUGCAAGUGGCCAGCUGCCUAGAAGUCCUGACUUAGAGGCAGAUAAUUCAUACUCUAUAAAUAAACUCACUUAUGAUAACUUAUCAGCCAGUGAAAGCCAAAACUUAAAAGGACAGAAUCACACAGAGAAGUCUUUAACAUCUCUCCAUAACACUCCUGAUGGUAGAAAUGAAAGUCUUCAGGAAAAUGAGGUUGUAAGUCAAUCUAAGAGUCUUAGCCCAGAAGUAAUCUCUCCUGCUUCUGCAGAAAAUCAAACACAUUCUUGUACAAUGCUCGAAGGCCUUCUAUUUCCCGCAGAAUAUUAUGUUAGAACGACACGACGCAUGUCAAAUUGCCAGAGGAAGGUAGCCCUGGAGGCUGUAAUUCACAGUCAUUUGGGUGUCAGAAAGAAAGGGUUUAAAAAUAAAAAUAAGGAAGCAACUAAAAAUUUAAACCUUUGCAGUGAAGAAACUGACCAGAGUGAAAUUAGAACAUCUGACACAUGCAUAGGACAACCAAGUUCAAGAAGACGUCAGAAAGGUCUCUCGUUAACUGAAGUCAACUCUCCCACCGGGCCCACUAAAGAUAACCUUCCCAGGAAGGCAGUUACGCAGCCAUCUGGUAGAAGACACGGAGGAAAAAGAAAGUCAGUCUCCCCGCCUGUAUUGGAUCAUCAUGAACUACUUUUGCCAACUCCUGGCACAGCAGGUGUUAAUAGAUCCAAAGAAGAAGUCACCCUACACAAAGAUGAGAAUGAAAAAGCAAUUAGUCAUGGUAGAAGAAAAUUAAAGGGAAGGAAGAUCAUUGUCAAAAAGAGGACUCCCUUCCUUCCAGAAAUAAUGCUUAUCUAGCCUUGGAUUCUGCUGCAUUCAGGGCUUCAUUUCAGGAGAAUGAAUUGCUAAGUUUAAAGCAACUGUCAUCUUUUCUCAAAACCACAGACUUUCAGUUACUGAUGAAGUCUUUGGACCUCUUAAGCUUGAAAAA